UCCUUCAGUGUGUGAGUGUGUGUAUGGGGUGGGCACUUCUGUAGAAGUGACCAAAAGCCAAUCUCUCACUUUUCUCAGUCUCACUUCUUACAUACACACAUGGGCAGGUAGUGCACACGGGUCUUGGAGUGCGUGCACACAUACACGUCAUACACAUACACACAGUUAUACACUUGCCUUCUCAAAGCCACAGUGAGUGACCCCUUGCCAUUGGCCAGGCCCACCAGCCCUCUGCCUGUCCGACCUGAAGAACCAGACCAUUUGGGAAAGGAGGAGAAAGAGUAGGAUGAUGGCAAUGCAGAAGUUGGUGUGGGGACUUCUAGUCCUGUAUGUGGCAGCUGCCUCUCCCCCCAGAUACACCCGGCAAGCUGAACUAGACAACUACGACAGCAUCAGCUAUGAUGUUGGUUUAGACAACUUGAAUGUGGACAACCAGGAUGUCUACGACUAUUACAAUGGAGUUGAUGAACCACAGAUUGAGGUUGGCACCUUGGGCCCUGAUGAGGACACUGACCCUUCAUACGAUGCCUCUCUGGAGGAGGAAGAAGAGCAGGGGGAGGUGAUAUAUAAAGAAGGACGGGAGGAACGGAGAAAAGCUGAAGGGAGAGAAGACAAGGAAUUGCCAAUAACACCUCAGCUUUUUCCAUCAGGCUCUGGGGAGUCAGGGACCCUGAUGGGUCCUAAUGCCCAGGGAGAGGAGGAGCUUCGUCUGACGCCCAUUGACACCCUUCAGAUUUCUGGGGACAUGUUGAGUUCUGGUGACAUGAGCUCUGGAGCUUCUGGUGCUUCUGGAGACUUGCUCAGUGCUUCUGGUUCCGUAGGUUCUGGGGCCUCUGGUGACAUUUCGGGCUCUGAUGACCAUGGUUCUGAAGUCUCUGGGCAUUCUGGUUUAGAAUUAACAUUGAUUUCAGGUGGAGAGGAGGAGCUCCACCUGACGCAUGAAAUCAUUCCACAAACGGCCAGACAAGGGGUUUUGGGGAUUUUUGAUGUGCCUGAUCUAGAGACCUUUGGGCUGCCUGAUAUCUCUGGGGAGUCUUGGGCCUCUGGGCUGCCUGAGAUGUCUGGAGAGUCUGGGGCCUCCGGGAUACCUGAGGUGUCUGGAGAAUCUAGGGCCUCCGGAAUACCUGAGGUGUCUGGAGAGUCUGGGGCCUCUGGGGUACCUGAGGUGUCUGGAGAGUCUGGGGCCUCCGGGAUACCUGAGGUGUCUGGAGAAUCUAGGGCCUCCGGAAUACCUGAGGUGUCUGGAGAGUCUGGGGCCUCUGGGGUACCUGAGGUGUCUGGAGAGUCUGGGGCCUCUGGGUUACCUGAGGUGUCUGGAGAGUCUGGGGUACCUGAGGUGUCUGGGGCCUCUGAGCUGCCUGAGGUCUCUGGAGAGUCUGGGGCUUCUGGGGUUUCUGGAGAGACUGGGACCUCUGGGGUGCCUGAGAUCUCUGGAGAGCCUGGGCCCUUUGAGGUGUCUGGAGAGAUUGAGACCCUUGAGGCAUCUAGAGAGUCUGUGGUCCCAGAGGAAUCCAUAGAGACUGGAAUGUCUGAGGUUUCUUUGGAGUCCGGAGAGUCUGGGAGCUUAGAGGAGUUUGGGGUGACCGAGGCCCCAGAGGUCACCACUGAAAUAUUAAUUCCUGACCUAGAGGAAGAGGAGGAGAUACUCAUAACUACCCUGGCCACUCCCCAGGAGGGGACUGGGGGUGAAAUUGGGUCAGGGGUACCUGAUAUUGACACACAUACACCAGGUAUGCCUACAUGUGUGCUCUGUACCUGUCUGGUGGGAUCUGUAUACUGUGAUAACCUGAAGUUGGACCGUGUUCCUCCCCUCCCCAAAGAAACCACUCAUUUCUAUGCCCGCUACAAUAAAAUCUCCAGGAUUAGCAAGUCUGACUUUGCCAACCUAAAUAAACUAAAGAGAAUCGAUCUGACUAGCAAUGGCAUAUCCCGGAUUGACGACGAUGCUUUCUUUGGCCUUCCUGCUUUGGAGGACUUGAUACUACGGGAGAACAAUAUCAGACAAUUGCCCGCUCUGCCACCCCAGAUGACCCUUAUUGAUGCCUCUCACAACCAGCUGGGCAGCACUGGCAUCCAGAGAGAAGCUUUCACGGAUAUGCCCGGGCUACUUUACCUCUACUUGACAGACAACAACAUAGACCACGUCCCAGUUCCUUUGCCUGACAGUCUGCGCUCCCUGCACCUACAGAAUAACAAUGUCCAGAUGAUACACGAGGACACUUUCUGCAAUCCGCAUGAUUUAAAUUACAUCCGCAGUGCUCUGGAGGACAUUCGCCUGGACGGUAAUCCCAUCAACCUCAGCAGAACCCCACAAGCCUACAUAUGUUUGCCACGUAUCCCCAUUGGUGCUCUUAUUUAAGCCGAAAAUCACGCACACACAAAUGCAUACGUAUGCACAUGCAUCAAAACUCUCCUGUGCGUACCUGUUUCUUUUUUUUUUUUUUUCACUUUGGGCUCAAGCAAAUACUUGAGAAUGAAUGGCUGUCUUUUAAAACAGGUUUGCAUAAAUACACAAACACAGAUUCGUACUCUCACAGGAGUACUGGUGGACCCUUCUAACUCUACGCUGCUUGUAUUUCUACCUUUAAACACAGUACAUAUACACGGUUUAAACGUGUCUCAGCAUGUACAGUAGUAUGUUAAUAAUCAUAUCUGGAUUUAUGACGUAUCAAACACUCAUAUAUACUCGCCCAUACUGGUCUAGCCUAAAAAAAAAAAAAGGAGAGCUUUCAUAGACAAUCUCUCCUAAAACAGAGAACUAUGCAUCACUCUGGAAAAGUCUUUUUAUUUAUCAAAUACUAAAGAACCUAUCAGGAAAGCAGGAUGUCAUUAAUGUACAAAUGCAAAACUUUCAGUUUUAUUGAAAAAGACAAAAAAACAUCUUUUUGUGUGCCGUACCGGUUGCCUGUUUGGGGCUUGUUUAAAUAUGUUUGUUUUGUAAAAAUAAUGAAAUACUGUUAAUAUUCAGAUAGAAUUUAACUAAUGUUUAUCAAAUCAGCAUAAACUAAUUGAAGCUGGUGCUCAAUGAAGAUCUUGAAAGGUAAAUUUGACUAAUGCAAUAAAGGAAGCAUUCUAACAAUUAAUUUGUUGUAAAGUCUGUACUGUAAUAUAAAAUAUAUAAGUUGAUGUUUUUCUUUUUUUUUUUUACAAGAACUGCAAUAUGUUGGUAUAUAACA